CCACUCUUUGUUAUGCCACUGUCUAAAAUUGGAUUUAAACUUUUAGAAUUUUAAUCUCUUAUCUAAUUAAUCUAAAGGGAUAAGUGUAAGACAAAAAAAUAGUUGCAGAUUACUAAUUUCAAAGUAUUUUUACUUAACUCCCCAACUCUGCUCUUGCUGCACUGCACGUAACGGCCUUCCACCAAAGGGCCAGGCCGACUCGCCCCGUGAGCAAGUGACCGCGUUCGCGUAAGUUCACCCGAAGCCAUGACUAAAUUCUGACCAUAAACAUCACCUAACUAAUCACUCUCUGACAAUAUUUCAAAGUGUAUUUUAUUACAGUCAAUCCUUUGGGCCGUUAAACGAUAAUAUUUCCAAUGUUAUCAUGACAAAUAAUUUUAAUGAGAUAGUGGCAUUGUAGAAAAAAACAAUUUAUAAGCACGAAAUGGCACCAGAUAUAUCAUCAAACAUACAGCGCAGCGUUCGGGACUGGUGAGUGGGACGGCUCGCUUGGUGUUUUCGCCCCGACGAAUUCGGCGAAAACGUUACCAUUGCGCCGUGCGAAUGUUCAAUCUGCGGCUCUCAAUCAGAGACUUGAAUGUCUCUUUUUUCAUUAUCGAAAAUGAAUCAUAGACUUUGAUUUAUUUACAAGUAAGUUGCAUAUCGGUCAUGAUAAUUAGGAAAAUCCAUGAUGUCUUCUUCUAAUUCUGUAAAAAAAAUUACGUCUUCAAAAUGCCUGUGUCAGAAAAUUGCCGGAAAUCAUAAAAACUUGCCUAAAAUAUCUCUUUUUGAAAGUUCAUGCAUGGUCCGGUCUGGAAAAAAAUGUUAUAACUCUUGUAGAUGUAUACCGUAAACAAAGACAUCCUCGAUCACUGAAAUAAAGUGCUUGCUAAGCUUUUUUAACUCCAACCAUGUUACCAUGACAACUUGGGAAAACCCUUAUUUUUCGAAAAAAAACUUUGGUUUUAAGGGUCAUUUUACAGACAUAAAACUAACCCAAUUUUGAAGAAUUGUGUUUAAGUUUCACAUAAAACUGAAUUAUCCAUAUUUAUACUUUCGUAUAUGAAUAUUCAUAUUUCUUAUAGAAUCUUAGUUUUUGAUUGGUCAAUGUUUCAGUCAUGGAUAAUGACUAAGCGUUAAAAAAUCUGAAAAUGCGCAUUUUAUCGGCAAUCAACAAGCAAGAUGGCGGAACACAUUAAGUUGGCGCUUUGCACAUACGUGGCUAAUAACUGGUAACUUUCUGAAGUUACCGGUAGGGCUGUAGACUGUGAAUCGACAGCGUGCUGCUUUCAUGUGGGUCAGAGUGCUGCUCUGAAACUUUCUACAGAUAUUUUGUUCUUUAAUUAGAGUAGGAUCCAAUAAAUUCCAAGCUCUGGUUGUUCUUAGAAAGAAAUUUUUUCUUCUAAUUUUCUAAACAUACAUGUAGGCGAUAGUGUAUUGAAUAAGUUGCUGGCUUACUACAUGUAUGAAGAAAUUUUAAGUUAAAAGUUCAUUAGUUUUAAUGACAAAUCCAGAUCAAACAUUCGAAUUGUUUUUAAAUCUUUUUCAUAUCAAUAAUGUUUGUAAAACUGUUGCAAGAAAUAUCGGUGUCGUCAAGAAACUUAAAAAGGUUCUUCCAGCACAGGCGCUAUCCAUGUUGUAUUGUGCAUUAAUUUUACCGUAUCUUAAUUAUCAGAUUCUUGCAUGGGGAAAUGCCUCUCAAACAAGACUCAACAAAGUAUUUCUACUUCCGAAAAAAGUACUAAGGAUAAUAUGUAAUGUGCCCUUUAGAUAUAUGGAUUUGUUUCGUCCGAAACGUAUCCUUAAAGUCAUUGAUUUUGAACGUGUACAGUUAUUCCAAUUCAUUUAUCAGCUAGAUAGAAAUAGUGUACCUAAUGACCUACAAAAGAAAUUUAUGAGAAAUAAUACCUUGCUUUCAUAUAAUACCAGACAGUCAAAUGACUAUCACUUAGUAAUUUUGAGCAAAACUAUAUUUUUCACAGGACCCAAAUUCUGGAAUUCUCUGAACAGAAUAAUAAAAGAGGUAUCUAUCUUGAAUCAAUUUAAAGUACUCAUCAAACAUUCUUCUGAAUUCUUAAUAAUUUAAGGAAAUAUCUACAGUAGUGUUGAUUAUUUUUAAGUUAGUAUGUAAUUCGUGUUAGCAAAAAUGUGUCUGUAGGUCUACUGCUCAGUCUUGUGUAAUAUACAUAACAGCACAAGUAUUUUAAUACACUCUCCUCUUAUUUCUUCCAGAAUUUGUGUGGGUAGACCUAUUGAAUGAGAAUGGAAAUGGAAAAGAAUAAUAGAAGUUCUGUCACCGAAGAAGAAUUUUUGAGAUUGGCCCAGCUCAUCCCACCGAGGUACUAUUCAGAUUUAGGGAUACAUUUGGGAAUCUCAUCUGCUGAACUUGAUCAUAUCAUUGUCCAACAUUCAUCGAAUUACAAGGAUGCAUUGAUGACAAUGUUCACACGGUGGAGAGAUGAACAACGUCCAGAUGAAGAUAUCAGAGCUCUUCUUGCAGAAGGAUUAGAAAAGAGUGACUUAGGGGGAUUGUCCAAAGAACUUUUAGCUGGGAAUCUAAUCCAGAAAACAACAGAUGUCAGACAAACAACUGCAACAACUUCAAGAGCAUCAACUUCAACAGGAGCAGUAGACAUGUCAGCAUUACCACAUACCGUCAGUGAGGAAGAACUUUUGAUGUUGUCAAUGGAAAUUGGACCUACUUACUACAAGAGGAUUGGCGUUAACCUGAAGAUCUCGUUUGUGACUCUUGAUAAAAUAAAGAAAGACACACAAGAUACUACUGAUGCAUUGAUGACAGUAUUCAUAAGAUGGAGGGAUAAACAGCUUCCAGACACAAACAUCAGGGCUCAUCUUGCAGCGGCUUUACAGAAGAGUGGUCUAGUGUCGCUGUCUCAGAAACUGAUUAUUGGAAAUCUAUUGACAGAGUCGACAGGUACACCUGUGACAAUUCCAGUAUCAGAGACCAAACCACUUACCCCUGACCUGAUCAAGAGAUGUAAAGAUGAGCUCCAAGACAAGUACAGGACUGAUUUCUGUAUGAUAAGAGCUGAUCCACUAGAUCCUGAUUCUAUUGUGCCAUUCGAAGAUAUGUACACAAGCCUUUUCUUGGAAGAAGAAAAACGAAAGAAAAGGAAUAAACUUGAGUAUAAGGAUCUCUUUAAUCUCAAAGUCAAUGGCAUCUUCCCCAAACGGAUUAUGGUCCAAGGAGAGGCAGGGGCCGGAAAGACCACAUUCAUGGCUAAGAUUGCAUGGGACUGGAUAAACGAUAGUCCAGAUCUCCCAAAGUUUGUGUGGGUACUCAUUAUCCCUCUGCGUGAAGCCAAGCGAUACACGAUUGGUCAGAUUGUUAAGUCAUAUCUUUCAAAGGACAAUCCAGCAACAGCCUGUCAGAUCACAGAGUACAUCCGUUCAAAUCCAGAAAAUGUAUUCAUUGCCUGUGAUGGAUUAGAUGAGGUUAGUGGCAAGGUUGUACAGCACACUGAAACCAAGCAAGGUUCAGAAGGUGCUCAGUCAGAGUUCAAAGUUGGAUCAGAAACAAGUCCAGCAAGUGUAUCUAUGCACCAAAGCACUAAAACCGAACCCAAUGUAAGUUCUUUGGACAGAAGUGAUAUCACUGUUGAAGAUAUUCUUCGCUCAGAUGAACUUCGUACUUGCCCUAUAAUGGUGACAAGCCGUCCAUGGAAGGCCAAUGAAAUAAGAUGGAAUGAGAGUUUAAGAAGACUAUACACAUUCAUCCAUGUGGAAGGCUUUAGCAGGGAGAAUGCAAUGGUUUACAUUCGCAAUUACUUCAAAGACACUGAGGCUACAGCAGAUGAAUUCAUCAAAUUGUUUGAAAACAAUGAUAUCAUAUCAGAGAACAUGGCGCCAUAUCCUAUCUACAUAUCUAUGCUCUGUCACAUGUGGAGAGAACUUGAUGACAACAAGAAAGAAGAGUUGAAGUCUUUUCAAACAUUCUCUGAAUUAUUCCGUGAAGUGUUUGAAUUCCUAAAGGUGCGUUAUGUUCAGAAAGAGAUCCCAGAUUUAAGUAGCCCAUUAUUCAAUACAUAUCGCUCUGAAAUUGAGAAACCCCUGCAACCAAUUGCCAAGGUUGCUUUUACUGGACUACAAUCAAAUAAUCUUAUUUUUAAUGAGGAAGAUCUUGAACAAUACUCAGACUCUGUGGAAACAGCAUGCAAAGUAGGGGUGUUGUCACAGGAGAAAAAGCUCUCAUCCAUUCAUGAUAAGAGCAGUCGGUACGUGCAGUCAACAUUCUUCUUUCCACAUAAACUUUUCCAGGAGUACAUGGCUGCAGUCUAUCUUGCUUCUCUCUAUGAUUCAGAUCGCAAUGAAUUUAACAGGCUGAUUGAGGAAGUAGUGAUCCCUAGGGAGGGAGAGUUUAGGUAUCUUCUGUACUUCACUGUGUCUCAGAACAAAACAAUUGCCAAGUAUAUCACAAAAUGUUUGUUAAAGGAGUACACCCAAAGCCAAGAAGAUGAGGAGGAGAUAUCUGAGGAGAUGAAUUUCUUGGUUGAUGUAGCUAUAGAGAGUCAAGAUGAAGAUACCAUUGCCAUGCUUCAGAAUUCAGUGUCAUCUCUGUCCAUCUGUGUUAAAGACACACACACUUUAGCUGGUUAUGCAUUCACUGGGAUAUAUUCAAAGGCGAUCAAUAUGAGUGUUGGUGAUUUUGGAUAUCCUUGCUACGGACCAGGUAUAUCAAAUGAGGUUGCAGUGAUGAUAUGCUCAGCACCAUCACUAAGGGAUGUUAAACUGGAGGCAAGGUUUCACCCUACCUUCUAUGAAACUCUUGCCAGAGAAGGAAGGAAAGCCACAGUCCAUACUCUUGAGAUUGUGAAUUAUAAGCCUCUAUCAUCAGCCUCUUCACAUCACCUAGCAGGAGCUUUAUGCUCCCUACCUAACCUGACUAACCUGAUACUGAGAGGAGUUUGGGACCAGGAGGAGUUCUAUUCUCAUCUGAAUGAGAAGGCUUCAACCUUGAAGGUCCAUACUCUUGAGAUUGGGAAUGAUAAGCCUCUAUUAUCAGGCUCUCCACAUCACCUAGUAGGUUUAUGCUCCCUACCUAACCUGACUAACCUGAUACUGAGAGGAGUUUGUGACCAGGAGGAGUUCUGUUCUCAUCUGAAUGAGAAGGCUUCAACCUUGAAGGUCCAUACUCUUAAGAUUUGGAAUAAUAAGUCUCUAUCAUCAGCCUCUUCACAUCACCUAGCAGAAGCUGUAUGCUCCCUACCUAACCUGACUAACCUGAUACUGAGUGGAUUUUGUGACCAGGAGGAGUUAUAUUCUCAUCUGAAUGAGAAGGCUUCAACCUUGAAGGUCCAUACUCUUGAUAUUUGGAAUAAUAAGCCUCUAUCAUCAGCCUCUUCACAUCACCUAGCAGGAGCUUUAUGCUCUCUACCUAACCUGACUAACCUGAUACUGAGAGGAGUUUGUGACCAGGAGGAGUUCUGUUCUCAUCUGAAUGAGAAGGCUUCAACCUUGAAGGGUUCUUUCCCUCAGAUCAGCAAAGGAAAUUUCAUGUUCAAUGAAGAGCCUCAGAAGGAUCUUCAAUCAUUCCUACAAGCAGUCAGUGAUGAGAUACGCGAAAUGGAAGCUCUCUUUGAGUCUCUGAGUCUUCCUUAGACGAAUUUGAAACUUCUUCUGAGUCUUCCUUAGACGAAUAUUUUGAUGCAUGAUGUGACUCUGCAACAAGUACAGUCAAGAUCUAUACAACGGCAAUCCACAACCAUCUAAUUGAUCUCCAUGAGGCAGUCAUAUCCUACAAUGGUUUGUUUUAGAGCUGUGAUAUGUAUGAACCCAUUUUAUUUUUAAUUCUUUGAAUAUUAUUAUGAUGUGAAACCAAUUGUCACCAGAGGCAAAUAUGAAUCAUAAUUUUAAUCCUAAAAUGACUGAUGAGCUCUUUUCAUCUGACUUGCAAAGUGAUAUUUAAGCAUCAGAAAUAGGCCUGAAAUGAAUGUCAUUGUUACCAUUUGGUUAUUUUCUGAAAAAAAAACAAUUGAAUCAUUCAAUCAAUCGAUGUUUACUCCCAGGCCUAUUUAGAAGUAUCAUAACUAAUGAUUUCAUGCAAUGCGAGUUAAUAGAAUUAAAAUAGGCCUAUAUAUUAUGCCAUCGUCACUUGGUGAUUUUAACAUGAAUUUAACCUUUUUCAUGAUUUCAUAAAUAUCAAUUUAAAGUAUUUUGACCAUGGUAUUCCAUAUUUUCACAUUAUUCUCAACCAGAAUCAAUGUUUAAUCUGUCAAUGCAUUAUCACGGUAAACUCUUCUAACAAUGCUUUAUACAACCUGGAAUUCUUCUAUUACCUUCAAUUCUUUUAUCUUUAUCAUACAGAAGAAAGUCACUCCUUUAAUUCUAUUUUUUGUAACCACAGUGAAAAUCGUAGGAAUUACAAUUCAUAAUGAUUUAAAGUGAAAUGCUUGUGUAACCGAAAUAAUGAAAAAAACAAUAAAAAGUUAUACAUGCUAAGAAGAUUGAAAGCUUACAAUGAACCUGAAUGUGAUUUGUUAGCAGUGUAUUUUGGAUAUGUAAGACCAGUCCUAGAGUAUUGUGUACCUAUAUUCGCUGCUUCUCUUACUUUGAAACAGAUAAAAGUUACUGAAACUGUCCAGAAAAGAUCAUGCAAGAUAAUAUUGGGAACCAAGUAUCUAUCAUAUAUAUGACAUUGUUUCAAAUACCUCACAUUUGACAU